AUGGACCCGCCCCCUGUGGUUGCGGGCUCUGGGGGCAACCCGGCUUGCUGGCAUGGCAUGUUCUCCUUCGACUACUGCUGCAACCCCAAGUUUGGAGUUGAGGGUAACCCAGAGUGCUGGGAUGGCCACUACAGCUUCAGCCACUGCUGCCACGAGUCGUUUCAUGCGGCUUCGCCCCCAGAGUGCUGGACCGAAGCCCGGAGGCGACUGGAGACCUCGGAGGACCCCUUCGCCAAGCACCCGGUGCUCCGGGACCCAGCGAAUCUGGCGGUGUUCUGCUGCCACGCCUCCCCUCUCAGCUCGGACGCCUGCUGGGGUGCCAAGGAGCCGGGUGGCUCCCCGAUCCUGCUCGACGCAAGUACCGGCGAGCCCCUGGGCUUCACGCGGCGCCACGUGGACUGCUGCUUCCCGGAACUGCAGAGGUUGGCCCGGGACGCGCCCGCGGGAUGGAUGGCAAAGCAGCUUGAUGUCGACUUCUGGAGAUGGGAGCACCAGGCGCCCAUCGACGGGUCGGCGCUCGAUGCCUUCGAGGCCGAGAUGGAGGCUGCGGGUCGCGGAGCCGAGUUGUGCCGAUUUCGUGUGCGGAGCCAUGGCAUCCACCACUGCGACUUCAAUCGGUCCAGGUACGUGUCCCUGCUCCAUGCGGUGAGGGCCGCUCUUCACAUCCUUCACAUCAUGUUCGGCUUGCCUGAGCUCGAUUUUUUCAUACACACUGGCGAAUGCUUUGGCAUCGGCGCGUUGCCCGAAGUCAACCUCACUGUGCCAGUGCUUGCGCAAGCCCAGCUUGAAGGCAUCGGUGGGAUUCUCAUGCCGUGGUGGGCGUUCAUGCAAAUUGAUUGGAUGCGCCGCUACAGGGACAGGUUGCAGCAAGCAUCGUCGAAGACGGCAUGGCGCGAGCGCCAAGGCGUUCUGUUUUGGCGCGGAUCGGACACGGGAUGUUUACACAGCCGGCAGGAGAAUCGUUCGGAAUGCGCCGUGUGGGAUGCGAGCACUUGGCCACUCUUUCCACGGUCCAAGCUGGUUCUUGCGUCAUCACUAUUUCCUAGCCGGGUGGAUGCUUUGUUCACCAAGGAUACCGUGCACAAGGAGUGCCAGGAUGUGUACGACUCCAGCGGGCUGCGAAUUGAGCAGAUCGUUCCGCCUGAAGUGCACGUGCGUUAUAAGUAUCUGGCAUACAUUGAUGGCACUUCAUUCUCAGAUCGCUUGUAUUGGCUUCUGCUGACGGACUCUGUGGUUUUGCGUGCCGAGUCCCGCAUUCGUGUAUGGCUUGAUCAGGGCCUGCAGGCCUGGAAGCAUUACAUACCAGUUCGUGAAGACCUAGCGGAUCUGCUGGACAAGCUUGAUUGGGCCAAAGAUAAUGAUCAUCGAAGUGCCGAGAUUGCUGCCGAAGCUGCGGCAUUUGCGAAGACCCAUCUGACACUGGAGGGGAGCUUGUUCUACUUGUACCAGGUUCUUCGGAGAUUGCCUGGUGUGAUCAAGCUGUCGCCCGACGAGCUUGCACGUGAUCCUCCCAAAAUCUCUUUUGUGCCAAGUGCACAAUCCGAUUUGCAGGAUGGUAGCACCUUGGACUGCUGGGCAUUGGGGUUCACGCCAGAGUUCUGCUGCGACCAGGACCAGUUCGGCCCGGGCGGCAAUGAUGCAUGUUGGGAUGGCCCGUAUACGUUCGAGGCAUGCUGCACAGCACCCAGACUCUAA